UUGUUCGUUGCGAAGGCCGACAGGACAGUAGUGGUUUGUACGGAUAAUCUUACCUUGGUAAUGUCUUCCGAACCGUCGACCUCUUGGCUGAAAGAAGUUGAGGACUAUGAGGCCCGAAUGUUCGAUUAUUUCACACAAUGCUCGACCAGAUUGAAAGAGUGGUAUGACAAGGGUGGGGAUGAGUCAGAAUCUUAUCGUGCGGAGUACAAUCGCCUCUCUGCCGAAUAUCAGAACUAUAUGAAUUAUAUUCAGCAAUUGAGAGGGCUUUCAAUAAAGACAAAUAAACAGUCCAACUCACCAAGUGUUGAGGGACCCCAGCCAGCUGCCACUGAUCACCUGACGAUGAUGGAUGGAAAUCCCGCUACGACUAUACCUGUGUCACAGCCGCCUUAUAACACGGCUACAGCGGCCGCGUGUUACACACAAUAUUACCAGGAAAUGAUAACCUACUUUGACAAACUAUUGACAUCGCUGGAAGUCUCACAUACUGACGAAGUUAGCCCCGGCGCCGCUGCUACCUCAGCAGACGUGAACGAUUUCGGAGAAGUUUUGGACGAUGCUGAGGAGGAUCGAAUUGAAGGAAAUGAUGAAUUUGAUGGUGAUAUGUGUUGUAACCCUCAAGCCGUGAUGGAAGAAUACUUUGAACGGUUUGGUGAGAUUGGCAAGUGGGACUGGGCUUCCUGGAAUAAUUACCUGAGCUGGAUUGCCCGGACAAAUCCACAAUGGUACGGGAUUUUUCUGGAGUACAGCCAGUCUCUUGGAAUUGACUGGGAUCAGAUGUAUAGUCAGUGGAAACAAUCUGACCCACUAACCAGGCAGUCCUUUGACGAGUUUGCUGACUCAGUUGACGGCUUUUCUAUCCAACCGCCGAAUCUAACUCAGUCUGUUUACCAUGGACUGCUGUUCACGGAGACAGCUGAUGAUGACGAUGAUGAUGGUCUGUUUUGUCGGACGUGUCAAAUGCGUUUCAACACGGACCGUGCUUUUUCUAUACACUUGCGCGGUGUCACUCACAUACAGCGUGCUUUGGAAAAUCUACAGAGACGUAACCCGGAAAAUAUUGACAAGUAUACUGAGCACUAUUCACAGACGUUGCUGGAUGUUUGCACUCAGCCGUUGAUAGGGCUAAACUAUAUAGUGGAACGACAGUUCGGAGAUGAUGAAGAAUGUAUGUAUUAUUGCGAGCUGUGUGACGAUCGAAUCACACGACAAGAUGCAAUCAACCACGUCUGUGGUGUGGCACAUCGUACGCAUUACAUGAAAGCACACUAUCCAGACAUGUGUGGAAUCGUUGCUAGCGACCAAAGUGAUCUGGAUAUGCGAUUAAAACGUAUUGCCUUGUUUGCUCGGAAGAUAGAAGACUUUGAAGGCCGAAAGCGUGUUAAAGUCAAACACCUAUCUGCUUUUGAUGCACUACGACGAAUUUGGCGUCCACUUGACGAGUCGGAUACGAAGACUGUUGCUUUUAUGAAGGAAACCACAGCCAGGGUUUCUAGCCAGUGCAACAACAAGUCGAAGUUGCCCGUUAAAACUGUUAAAAAGAAACAAUCGAAGCCGCGAGACAAGGAAUCUUCCACAGACGAUUUAGAAGAAGGUGAAAUAACGGAAGAUUCUUCUGAUGAGGAGGUGACCACGGAAAACCAACAGACCACCGAGUCUGCAACUGGUGAGCAAGCAACGUGUGCGACAGACGAAGGGGGGGAUAACUUGGAUGAGGACGCUACCACGGACCAACCAAGAGUCAGUGUUUUCGCUGAGAACUUGCUCCCUCGAUCAGUCUCUAGUUUCCGACCAGAUUCCGAAUGCGAAGUGUACAUAGAAUCUCUGCGUACAACCGGACAACUUAAUUUGACCAAGUUGAAGAUAGAAUCAGAUUCAAAGGAAGCAUCCGCGCCCUCUGCUCAGGAUACCGAAAACACACUUGAGGAUCAAUUUUCUCGGGAAGCUGACUGGGUUUUGGACAGAGUGCGUGCACGUCAAGAACAGGAGAAAGAAAACCAUAGACAGUUGGCUGUCGCUAUGUCUGCUGCUGCUGAUGCCGAGGCUUUGAAACAACAGCAACACCCGACCAAACCGUCAGUUCUUGAACGACGAAUGCGAAUACAAAGGGGGCUUGAUAUAGUCAAGACCUCUGGACGACCUUUCGAUUCUGAAGAUCUGCCUGCCUGUUUGACAGCUCCCAGUGACUUCGAUGGUUUCCGGUUCCCCAAGUCGGAUUUAGGGAAUGGUGCACCAUCUAGUUUCGAAGAAGAUAUUGAUGGAGUGGCUUUGGGAGAAAGGGGGUUCCAAGAACAGGGUGAAUUGGCUGGGACGCAGUCGACUGUGAUCAACGCUCAAGGUGUCGGCUCAUUAAACCAAAUGGAUUCAAACCGCCAGCGCCUCGCGGUUUCCAGCGGCGCUGCUGAAAUCAUACUCUCUGCUUUAGGCGCUCUUCGAGAAUCGGGUCAGUUGCCAAAUUUCGUCAACCCUGUGAUCUUAACCAAGCCGAAAACUGACGAACCGACCACAGAUGUGGUCUCGGUUCCAAAAGUUGGUCUGCUGGGAGAUGCUCUUCCUCCCAGCACGACCCCAAGCUUGCUUCCCAAGAGUGUCAAACCUGUAUCUCAUACUGGACCCUCCGGCUUCGUAAAUCGGUCUACAGACGGUACACCCAAAUUCGAACCUCCUCAGGUUACGUCAGAACCUUCCGUUGGGCUACUGUCAUCACAUCAACACGGGAUGCCUCCGGCUGCGGCACCCAUGGCUCCACCGAUUGUUCUUCCCCUCUCAAGGAAUUCAAUGGCUCCCGAAAUUCAGCAUCGAAGUUCUGGAGUGGGCCUUCUUGGUGAUCCUUUGCUGCGACCAUUAUCCGGUCCGAAGUCUGUUGCACAACCUGUGUCUGUCUCGAAACCAGUGACACAAUCAGUACCUAUUUCGAAACCAAUAACACAACCGGUAUCUGUUUUGAAUCAAACAACACAAGCGGUAUCUGUCUCGAUGGGCCAGUCUACACAAACAUCCUCUAUCUCAAUGCCCCAACCGGUACCUCCUCCGAAGAUGGUACCUCAACCCGUGCCUCCUCCAAAGAGCGUGACACCGGUUACUGCCCGAGGGCCGCCUAGGAGAACUGGAGCUCCAUCUAGCCCCAGGUCUUCUCCAAAACUGCCUUCAAAACAACCACGCAUUAAUUCUGAUUACUCAGUUCCUCCACCACACCCGGUUGACGAACAUAACUUGUCAUUUAAAGUUGCCUCUUACAUGCGGGCCGAUGCGUCUGUCCCAUCGGAAACAAUGUUUGACGCUUACGCACUGUACUCACGUCGAUCAAGUGAACGGAAUCGACCUCGUUCCCCUCCACCAAUGCCACAUAACGUUCGACCAAGAGUUAUGGGAGGCCGGGCAUCCGCUAGAAAUGCUCCCCGACCAGGUGCUGGUGGCGGAGGACGGAAGAUGUCCGUUAUAGCUGACUUUUUGGGGGUGAACGAACCACCUGCUCCACCGUCUAGCGCACCUAAACUCCAUUCACCACCCGUCCCGCGUAAUUCUAUUCCUUCAACUUCCAACAACAUUACGUAUUGGAGACAGGCACAUGAACCAUCCUAUCUUGUUCCUGUUGCGUCAUUUGCUGUUCCACAUUCCUCUACACUCCCGCGUAUUUCCUAUUACAUCCCGAAACAGCAGAUAGGUGCUGUUCCGGAUGCACGUCCAAGUUUACACGAGGCGUCUGAAUUUGCCCCCAUUCCACCAUACGCCCCACCAUUGGUCGCACCGCCUGCGGCGAGACCCUUUAGUCGUCCACCUGGCAACUUUGACGAUUUCUUCCGAAGGCUACAAAGUACAUGAAGCUUUUUUCGCCGCUCUGUAUUUGUAUGACGCAGAAUUUACGAAUUUCAUUGUAAUCUAAUUUCCAGAACUACAACAGCAUUUUAAAAGUGCAUUUGGGCAUCCCGGACAGUUUCGGUCUAACACACUUCACCCUGAUUCCUUAAAUAUUGUCCAAUGUUGCGGACGAUUCGAAUAGUUUUGUAGCGACU